AUGAUGCUUUAUCAUUUUGAUAGUCCAGCGAUAUUUACAAUUCCACAUUGGACUGAGAUUUAUGUCAUUAUCACAGUAUCAAGUAUGGCUUGUGAAGAUGUUCGAAAAUUAUGUCAUGAAUAUGAAACACGAAUGAUAGAACAAUGGGGUUCAACAGGUUCAGCUAUUCUAACAGUGUUAACAUUUAUAUUUUAUGUCACACCUUAUCUUCUAUUUUAUCUGGGUCUUGGAUUUCGAAUUAUUUGGGCAUUUGAUCUUGAAUUAUGGUAUAUUGGCUCACUUAAAUUUGUUACGGCUAUAAAAUCAGUCGGUCCAAAAUUAUUUAUGCUUAAAAAUAUGCUUCGAGAUUUAACUGGUUUUGUCUAUAUGAUUUUCAUAGCAAUAGCUGCGUAUGGUGUUGUAUCUCGUGCAUUGAUUUUUUACAAACAAGUUCCAUUUAAUAUUACUGAUAUAAUCAAGGAAAUAUUUUAUGCACCAUAUUGGUUUAUAUAUGGAGAAGUCUCUGAUAAAGAUUUACUUGAUCUGAAAAUCAAGAAUGGCACAGAAUCAGUUGCAGAAGCAAAAGCUGUGCACGUUUUAUUAGCAUUUCAUAUGUUGUUUAUUAAUAUUCUUAUACUUAAUUUACUAGUUGCUGUUUUUACGUAA